ACUAUGUUUAUGGUACAGGUCAACGUUAGAGUCUACGACGCUGCAUCAUUGCCUCCCCUACUCCCUCCUUCCUCCUCCUGCUUUUCCUUAUCCAAGCCAAGCCAGGCCAGGCCAAGCAAGGCAAGUAGCUAAGCAAAGCAGACUCUAUCUCAAGUCUAAGUUGGGAAGCCAAAAAUGUCAGUCUCUAUUCCACUGCAAACGCCAACUUCUCUAAUAUCUCGCACAAGGCCUCAACUUCUCCUUCACAACCAUCCAAUUUAUACCCCAAAGUACUUGUGCCCAAAAUUACUGAUGAGAAAUAGAAACCACUACUGUCAUCGGUUUCCUACUUCCUUGAGAACCUUCAAAUGCUCCUCCCAGAGACAGUCUGAUGAUGAUCAGGCUCAAGAAUAUGAAUUUGAGAGGCUCUUUUCAAACCUCAACCAAGCCACACUCAAGAGAGAACCUGGAAGUUUAUCCAGUGCAAUAUUCCUGGUGGCGGGUACUACGCUGCUGGUGGUUAAUUCUCCAGGUGGGUGCUGGAAUCCUGGCCAUUCCAUCAGUGACACGAGAAUCUGGUUUUUUGGCCUCUGCAGUUGCUUGUAUUCUUUGUUGGAUUUUCAUGGGAAAUUAAUCACUACGGUAAUUGAAAACCUGGGACAGGUUGCCACCGGGCUGCUCAUUGCUGAAGUAAAUGUCAACACAAUGUGUGAACUGGGCUCUGGUGGUGUUUCACUGGUAUCCAUGGCCAGGAGAACUCUUGGGCCAGUUGGAGUUCAAAUUGCUUGUUGGUCAUACAUAUUUAUACAUUACGCCCUUCUUGUUGCCUAUGUGGCUCGUUCUUCAGAAAUUUUGACAAAUUAUCUUGGCAUUCCAUUAUGGGAAAGUGCAACAUUGUUCUCAUUGGUUUUCGGAGGCAUAUGCUACUUUGGAAGCCAGCGCUUUAUUGGUGCCGUUAAUGGGGUUCUUGUAUUUGGAAUCAUCUCUUCUUUCACUGCUCUUGUGGCUGUUGCAAGUGGAGGCCUAGAAUGGGAUGCUCUUCUGAAAGCCAACUUUGAAGCUGUUCCUAUGAGUAUACCAAUAAUUGCACUAGCAUUUGUUUACCAGAAUGUUGUACCGGUUCUCUGUACAAAUCUUGAAGGAAACAUGUCAAAAGUAAGGACUGCUAUUGUCCUAGGCACAGCUAUACCACUUGGUUUAUUUCUUGUCUGGAACGCUGUUAUUCUAGGAUCUAUUUCAAAUCUUGAAAUGAGCUCAGAUAAGAUGAUAGACCCACUGCAACAAUUGCGAUCUAGUAAUGGAGUUGUUGGACCAAUAAUUGAGGCCUUCUCACUUCUUGCAAUUGCAACAUCUUAUAUUGGAUUUGUUUUGGGACUCUCCGAUUUCCUGGCUGAUUUGCUGAAACUUCCAAGUGGUGAGAAUAGGCCUCAACCCUAUCUCUUGACUUUGAUUCCGCCUCUAGGACUUGCUUUGCUAGACCCAGAGAUAUUCUUUAAAGCCUUGGAUUUUGCUGGAACAUACGGAGUAUUGGUACUAUUUGGAAUUCUUCCUGCUGCAAUGUCUUGGUCAGAUCGAUACUCCAGUUCAUCGACAUUGUUGAAACUGCCAGAGCUUGUUCCAGGAGGAAGGCUUACCCUUACUCUGUUAAUGGGAUGUGCAGGAUGUGUCAUUCUUACUGAAAUAAUUGAGAACUUUGGGCACCCAUGAUUAUCAACGAUACUUUGUCUGGUAUACUACAGUAAAUGUAUUAUUAUAUACUUGAAGAGCAUCUCCAAAGAGUCACCAAUUAAAACUUAUAAUUCAUUCAUUUAAUUCUUGACUUUUUUAAUCGAAGGAUGAUAUAUAUAUAUAUAUAUGUAUAUAUAUUAAUUAUAAAUUUUGGCAUUUGAGCAUUUUACUCCAUAACAAGUAUAUGUAAUUGUA